GUCCUUGGCACGGACUUUGAAACAAAUGAAGUACAUUUUGGUAACAGGUGGUGUCAUCUCUGGGAUUGGAAAAGGAAUCAUUGCCAGCAGCGUUGGGACAAUCCUCAAAUCAUGUGGAUUACACGUCACUUCCAUUAAAAUUGACCCUUAUAUUAACAUUGAUGCAGGCACCUUCUCUCCUUAUGAGCAUGGUGAGGUGUUUGUGUUGGAUGAUGGAGGAGAAGUGGAUUUGGAUCUGGGUAACUAUGAACGGUUUCUUGAUAUCCGACUCACAAAAGACAAUAAUCUGACCACAGGGAAAAUAUACCAAUAUGUCAUCAACAAGGAAAGGAAGGGAGACUACUUGGGUAAAACUGUGCAAGUUGUGCCCCACAUUACUGAUGCCAUCCAGGAGUGGGUAAUGAGACAAGCACGAAUCCCAGUAGAUGAAGAUGGCAUGGAGCCCCAAGUUUGUGUGAUUGAGCUCGGAGGAACGGUGGGAGACAUUGAAAGCAUGCCUUUCAUUGAGGCAUUCCGCCAAUUUCAAUUCAAAGUCAAGCGAGAAAACUUCUGUAAUAUUCACGUCAGUCUAGUUCCCCAGCCAAGUUCUACAGGGGAGCAGAAGACAAAACCCACCCAGAAUAGUGUUCGUGAACUACGAGGCCUGGGUCUAUCACCAGAUCUAAUUGUGUGCAGAUGUUCCACACCUCUGGAUACCUCAGUGAAAGAAAAAAUUUCCAUGUUUUGUCAUGUAGAACCAGAACAGGUAAUCUGUGUCCAUGACGUCUCUUCCAUCUAUCGGGUUCCUCUGUUGCUAGAGGUGCAAGGAGUGGUGGAUUAUUUUCGACACAGGCUCAACCUUCCCAUUGAAAAGCAGCCCCAGAGAAUGCUGAUGAAGUGGAAGGAGAUGGCAGACAGAUAUGAUCGCUUAUUGGAGACCUGUUCUAUUGCCCUGGUUGGCAAAUACACAAAGUUUUCAGAUUCAUAUGCCUCUGUCAUUAAAGCCUUGGAACAUUCUGCUCUAGCAAUCAAUCACAAACUUGAGAUAAAGUAUAUUGAUUCUGCUAAUUUGGAACCGGUUACACUGCAAGAAGAGCCAGUUAGAUACCAUGAAGCCUGGCAGAAGCUUUGCAGUGCUGAUGGAGUCUUGGUUCCAGGUGGUUUUGGUGUUCGAGGCACAGAAGGAAAAAUUCAAGCCAUUUCUUGGGCAAGAAAACAGAAGAAACCUUUCCUAGGAGUCUGUUUGGGAAUGCAGUUGGCCGUUGUGGAAUUUGCCCGAAAUGUCCUUGGUUGGCAAGAUGCCAACUCUACAGAAUUUGACCCCAAAACUACAUAUCCAGUGGUAAUUGACAUGCCGGAACACAAUCCAGGUCAAAUGGGUGGGACCAUGAGGCUGGGCAAGAGGAGAACCAUCUUCCAAACCAAGAACUCAGUCAUGAGAAAACUGUAUGGAGAUGGUGACUACUUGGAAGAAAGGCACAGGCACAGAUUUGAGGUAAAUCCAGAACUGAAAAACUCAUUUGAAGAGAAAGGUAUGAAAUUUGUGGGCCAGGAUGUGGAAGGAGAGCGAAUGGAAGUGGUUGAGUUGGAAGAGCAUCCUUUUUUUGUGGGGGUUCAGUAUCACCCAGAAUUCCUAUCCAGACCCAUAAAACCCUCUCCUCCUUACUUUGGCCUCCUCCUGGCUUCUGCAGGAAAACUCUCGCAUUAUCUCCAGAAAGGUUGCAGACUCUCCCCUAGGGACACCUAUAGUGACAGAAGUGGAAGUAGUUCCCCUGAUUCUGAGAUCACAGAACUGAAAUUUCCUGCCGUGAAUCAUGAGUAAACUGCUGGUGUUUGGAAAUUCUUCAUUGGACACCAUACGUCCCGGGGAUUUUGUAGAUCAUGUUAUUAUAAUUAUUUUUAUUUUUGGGAGACAUCAUUUCUUUUGUUUGAUUUUAUUUUUUUAAAGAAAUUGUUCCAUGAAACUGGCAUUGAUGCCUACUUGUGCUCAACUGUGAGCUUACAAACCUGAAGUGCAGAAGCUGAGGGAGGGAAGAGACAUUUUGGACAUGUAAGGAGGUUUAACAGGCCAUUUUAAAUGCUCACAGAAGAUGCCAUGCAGAGUCUCUGUUCAGGAUUUUGGUUCAUCUCCAUUGUCGGAGGUGUACAUUAUAUGGUUGACAUCUCAGUGGAAAGUUGUACAAAGCAGGCAAUUAUCAUCUUCUAAAGUAUUCUAAAAUAAACUGGUGCUACACCUAACAUUGCUUAACCUUUCUCAAGAGUAUAAUUUUCCUGUUCACAAGAUACAGUGUACUCUGAUGCUAAGCAAGUCUGGCCACAUUCAAAGGUGUUUCAAAAAUGUGAGUGCGUCAAUUUUCCCCCCUCCCCCCUACCAUUUUACACAUUUGUUGGAGGGGUGGGCAUGGCUUUCUUUAGUUCAGCUUCCUGAACUGAUCCAAUUCCUUGCAUCAAGGGGGACGCAUGUAUGAGAAAGUGACUUUUCAGAAGUAGCCUUUUGCACCUCUCAUUGAGAGCGUUGCCUUGGACUGGAAAGAAGCACUGAGGGUCUUAUUUUUUGAAGAAAGACCACCCUAUCUAGAACAAAGAGCUCAUGUUGGCAUAUGGGCUGUCCCAGGCACCGGUUUGUACAAGGGGAAGGAUGUGUCCAGCGACAUGCAGAUGCAGCUUUAGAAGAGAGAAAGGAUGAGCUUGCAGACGUGGAGACUGCAGAAAAACAUGGUUUAUGAUCUUUUCCCAGUGCAGAUUACAUAAACUGCGUUUCCAGCAAGAUAGGUGAAACUGUUACUGCAAACAUAUUGGAUGUACAGAUCCUUUUCAGUUCAUUAAAACAUUGGGAAAACAA